CAUUGGAUUUUUCAAUGGCUACGUAUUUGCGAACCAAAUGAUAGUUAUGGUAGAUUGGCUAUGUUCUAUAUAUAUAUUUGUACAGGAACAUUUCUUAAUGAUAUACAAAUUGUUUUAGUUAGAUUAGUUACAUUAAAUAAAUAUAGUCUUGUAGAAUUUAAUAAUUAUCCAUUUUUAUCAAAGUCUAUUCGUGAAUUUUGGGGACGUCGUUAUAAUCGUCUUGUUGGUAUACUUCUUAAAGAAGCUAUUUUUGAUCCUAUUCGCCGUUUACCAUAUUCUUCAGCAACAGUUGGAGCUUUAGCAAGUUUUAUUAUGAGUGGUAUACUUCAUGUACAUGUUGCUGUUGCUGGAUUUGGUGCAUCAUCUCCAUUAUCUCCAUUUUUAUUUUUUAUUUUACAAGGAAUUGCUUGUUGUAUAGAAGUCAUGUGUCCAUUUACACCACCUAAACUCUUAGGAAUUUUAUUAACACAUGGAUUUCUUCUUAUAACAGCACCACUUUAUGUAGGAUUAUUUACACGUGCUGGUCCUGAAUUUUAUGAAUUUAAUAAACCAUUACUAUUUGAUGCUACAUGGUUUCCUAAAUUACCUGUACCAAACUUCUGUCCAAAAUAA